CCAUUACUACUUUAUUACACACUCUGCUCAUCUAGCAACACUCUGUUGUCACUGAUUGCACGAGUGCAAGAAUUGUGCGAGGAAUGGGCGUUGGCGAAUAGCAGAGAGUGCGUCGACAACGGGAGCAGCAAAAUUGGCAGCGGAAGUGGAAAUUCACUGAGGCAGGAUGAACAUGACGAAGCGAGUGAGGCGACGUUUACCCUGAAAUAUUUGGGAAGCACGCUGGUGGAGACGCCCUCCAGCGAGGAGGCCACCGCUGAAGCAAUCAAGACGGUCAUUACUAUGGCCAAAGCCAGUGGUAAAAAAUUGCAGCGGGUUGCCUUGGCUGUCAGUUUACGCGGGAUUCGGAUGACCGACUUGGCUACCGAAGAAGAUCAACUUCAAGUCUCGAUAUACAGAAUUUCAUAUUGUUCAGCAGACGCGACCCACGACCACGUUUUCGCGUUCAUAGCAACAAACUUAAACGAAACAAUGGAGUGCCAUGCAUUCCUGUGUCCAAAACGGAAAAUGGCACAAACAGUAACACUGACCGUGGCGCAAGCAUUCAACACGGCUUACGAAGCCUGGCAACAGUCGCAAUCAGAUUCAAGGAUCCAUCAUACCUUAGACAAAAGCAGCAAUUCCAGUGGAUUGGCUGCUGGCAAUUCAUCCCAUCAAGAUAAAUCAUUAAUGAAAUCAAUUGACGCAGAAAAGCAAGAAAAUGAAAGUAACCAAAAAAACGAAAAGAAUUUACUAAUUGAUUUGUCCAAUGAAAUAAAAUCAACUGAUAAAUCAUGGGUCUGCUUCGAGGAUGACGCGACAACAGAGGUGAAAAAAGUUCCGAAAAAAACGAGCAACAACAGCAUACCAAUGACAACAAUGAGACACGCGAGUAACACAAAUCAUCAUGUUAUGCCGCGGCCAUCACCGGGAUUCAAAGUGCAAAACGCCUGGGGUGAAUCACGAUCUGUCGACCUCAUAUGCUCGUAG